AUGGCAGCAAAUGACGGUCAUGAUUACGGAGUAAGUUUGCCGAAUGAGAAAGUAUCCUCAAAACCAAGUGCCCCAUUAUCUUCACAACCGGCCGCCCAGCCUGCACAUCCCGGAGUUAGUGGGGAAAAAACUGAAAUCAAUCAGUCUGACGGAUCAGCCAAUAUGAAUCUGAUAGAAUUUUCAACCAACCAGCAAUCGGCGAUCGUGACGGAAGCAACCUCAAGGCUAGAUCAUGUGGAAGCUGACAACUGUCUUUUGAUUCAGCUUGAUCCGUUUGAAGAAGUUACAAAAAAGGCACUUUGCGAAACACCAAACCCGAAUAAGAUGAAAGACCUCAUAUCCGAAGAGCUCGUGGAGAAUGAAGAGGAGAAAAAUGCAGCAGAGUCGUUUGGUAUAAUCGGAAAAGAUAUAGUAGUUAAUGAAACUAUCUUCCAGACAAUAUUCACCAUGGCUGUCGAAGAGAAAGAGGACCCGACAGGGGGCAAACUUGAAGAGGGAAAUGGUUGUGUUGAAGCGAGGCUGCAUCCGGUGGGUCAGCCCAUGCCGCUAGACGAGGUGGAGGGUAUAGACAAAAAUCUUUUUUUGCAGGACCUACACUUAGUAGCCGAAACUAUGAAAGAGGGGGAAACAAACUUAGCGGAAUGCAAACAAACAAACGAAAUAAUGCCUUUUUACCAACACACCACCACUGAAAUAAAGAUGACUACAAUUCAAACCCUGGAGCAUUCAAAAAGUAUAGAUAAUAGUGAGAAGAUAAAAUCGGCACGAAAGCUUUUAGGGUUUAUGGAUGCCCCAUCCUCGAAGUCAACCUCCCUGGAGGAGUUGAAUAAGGCUCAAAAAGUCAUUCAGAACCAAACUAGCUGUCAGCCUACAACAUCGGCUUCCGGUGAACUAGGCGACCACGAAGGGAAGCCUGAAGCGUACAAAGAGUUGGAAGGAAAAACGAAGGACGAGUUGAGCAGAGGCUCUGUCGAACUUGCAGCAGCGAAAAAAGAGGCCCCAAGCCCCAAAGGGAUGAACAUAUUCGGUAGGCUAAAGCAAAGUAUUUUUGCCAAGCAGCCAAAAGUAGGUAGCUCUGAAUUGGAUGGCCAAACUUCUGGGCAGCAGAGUCCAUUAAUUUCGUCUGUUUCUGUAGAGAAAAUAGUAGAAAGUGACCCCAGUAAGAAGCCUGGUCUAGAACCGACCAAAGCAGCCGGUUUGCAAAGUGAUCCAUUCGCAUCAGAUCAAGAAGAAGUCAAGCUGAUGCCGGCCAAGGGUACAGUGAGCACCAUGCCUCUUCUGCCAAGUGGGAGGGAGGGCGCGACGACCACGCCGAGUUGCGAGGUUGCAGCGUCAAUCAUA